AUGCCACCGCCAUCCACUCCGGCCGCCUCCGUUGAGGACGAGCUGCCGAAGUGGGUGGCAACUGCAGUAGAUGAAGGGGUGGCAGCGGAGCGGAUGGUGGCAAGUGAAGGGGUUUCUAAAUGUAUUUUAGAUUUUAAAAAAAUUGAUAAUGUGUCAGGUGAUAUGGAGAUGAUUCUGCAGUUCAUCCAAAAGAGCAAAAAUUUGAGUGUCAAUACAUUGGAGCAACCGUCAGUAACCAUAACCUCAGCAGCAGCCAUGAUCACUUUGAAACCGAUCAUCACUGCCACCUUCCUUCAAACCAAAAACCAUAACACCAAUCACAAAAAUAUUAUAAUCACCACUGCUCAUCUUCACAAUUCACAACAUAAUACUGAUCACUCUCAAAAAUUAGUUUAUGAAUUUGACCCUCUAAUUCCCAUUGAAAAAGCAUUUACACCCCCCAGUUCUUGGUAUACAGACCCUUCCUUUUAUGAUUUUGAGCUUCAACAUAUUUUUUACAGAGGCUGGCAAGCUGUUGGGUUUACUGAGCAGAUAAAGAAUCCUCGUGAUUUUUUCACUGGAAGAUUGGGAAAUGUUGAGUUUGUUGUGUGCUGCGAUGAAAAUGGAAAGAUUCAUGCUUUUCAUAAUGUGUGUCGCCAUCAUGGCUCGGUUAUUGCGUCGGGUUCUGGCAAGAAGUCUUGCUUUCUAUGCCCUUACCAUGCAUGGACCUAUGGAUUAGAUGGAGCGCUUCUUAAAGCAACGAGAAUAACAGGGAUGCAGAAUUUCAGUUUAGAUGAGUUUGGCCUUAUUCCUCUAAAUGUAGCUGCCUGGGGUCCAUUUGUUCUUCUCAAUGUGGACAGGGAGAGUUCACCUCAGCAGGAAGUUGGUGGCAAUAUGGUGGAAAGUGAAUGGCUUGGCAGUUGUUCGGAACUACUGAAAACAAAUGGAGUUGAUUCUUCUUUAAGCUAUGUUUGUAGGCGCGCAUACAAUAUCCAAUGCAACUGGAAGGUAUUCUGUGAUAACUACUUAGACGGUGGUUAUCAUGUGCCAUUUGCACAUAAAGCCCUCGCAUCUGGUCUUAAUCUCGAUUCUUACUCCACCACUAUGUAUGAAAAGGCUAGCAUCCAAAGAUGUGAAGGUGGCUCAGCAGGAAAUGCGGAAGAUUUUGAUCGGCUUGGAUCAAAAGCUUUAUAUGCUUUCAUUUAUCCAAAUUUCAUGAUUAAUAGAUACGGACCUUGGAUGGACACCAAUCUGGUGCUCCCGCUAGGACCCAGCAAAUGCCAAGUGAUAUUUGAUUAUUUUAUUGAAGCUGACUAUAAGAAAGACGAAGCAUUCAUCGAGAGAAGUUUAGUAGAUAGCGAAAAAGUACAGAUGGAAGAUAUCAUGCUAUGUGAAGGUGUCCAGAGGGGCCUGGAAUCACCGGCAUACAAUAAAGGUCGAUAUGCUCCUACAGUCGAGAAACCAAUGCAUCAUUUCCACCAAUUGCUUCAUCAUAAUCUUAAAACAUGAGUGUCAUUAGCAAAUCAGGUACAAGUUUGCGGAAUGAAAAAAUUUCAAGCUUCGGCCUGUCCACAUUUGUGCUUAAUGUCAUUGGCUUUACCUGAUGAUGUUCCCGGUUCUAUACGGAUUGGAAGAAUACCUGAAAUGCGAAUCCUGUAAAUUAAAAGACUCUGUUCACCACCUUUUGUUCUUUUAUACUCCUUGAUGUUGAUGCAAUUCAUAACUUGCUAGAACGAGAUCAGCCAAGGUGCUGGCUAGACAAUUUCAUCAUUUUUCUUUCAGAAUCUGGUUUAA